GCUGCAAAGGCAUAGUUGCAAGUUUGAGAGAGCAAGAUCAGAAACGGAACAGCAUCCCAGUGUCCUGCGAGACAUUAGAAGGCUUAAAACUGACAACACUGGCCAUGAAAUGCCUAACUGGGAAUUCUGAAGUGGAUAUUCGGAAGUUCAUAACCUGGACAGUAAUGUAAUAUAUAUUACACUGCGACUUAGUUUUUUCAAAAUAAGGAAUUGUAAAAGACAGAAAAAUAUUUGCAGGACUGUUUUGAAUUGCUAAACUCGUUUAUUUAUUAUGAUCUGUAAUGUUCACUUUCCAGGAAUGUUCACGUGGUGUCCCUGCGCUAUAUAACCGUGGAACCAAGUCAAAGCGACUGUCUUAAACUCUGAAAAGGCGAUGCCUUGGUGGCAGAUGGCAUGUGGCAAAUCAGUUACGCCAAGACUCAUUUUUUAUAUUGCACGGAAAAAAUGUGAUCAAUUUGUUAAGGCAAUGUUAAAUUGCCGAAUCUAUCGCGUUGCCAUAACUGGGCUUUGCAGUUACCUAUAAGAUCCCUUCGGAAUGUUGCUGCAUACUACAGACGUUCCGGGAACACACAGAAGAACUGGGAUUGUCCAAAAGGAAAAACAUGCAAUCUCAUAAUCCAUGGAGAAAUGGCAUAUAGGUUCCUUACCAGCCGAGUCGUGCCAUCUUCAAAUAGGCUUACCAGGAAAUUUCUUUUCAUAUUCACACUUUCUUUAUCCUUCACGUACUUGUGCUACAGUCUUAUAUUCUGUUCUGAUACCAUCAUGCACGGCCAGAGUGAUGAACAGCACAGAUGCCUCCUUUUCCAGAGUGUCGGGAGCAAAAAAAUACUGCAAAAAUCUAAUUACUGCACGUUGUCCGUUGAUCCAAAGGGGACCCGGGAUACAACCUCAAAGGCAGAUUUGACUCGCUUAGAAACUAUACAAAUAAACAACCAAAGCAAAAACUUUCCAGCUGUACCCUUCCUCGACAGUCCUCGGGGUUUCGGCGCUUUGGAUCGAAAGAUAACCAAUAACAACACCGGCUCACCAAAAUUUGGGAACAAAAAGUUACCUAAUGCUAUCAUUGUUGGCGUGAAGAAGGGGGGCACUCGGGCAGUGUUGGAGUUCAUUCGGAUCCACCCAGAUGUGCGAGCAGUCGGCACGGAACCGCACUUCUUUGAUAGAAACUAUGAUAGAGGAUUAGACUGGUAUAGAGGCCUCAUGCCCCGGACUCUGGACAGCCAGAUCACCAUGGAGAAGACACCCAGCUACUUUGUGACACGGGAGGCCCCAAGACGGAUCUCCAGCAUGUCCCGGGACACCAAGCUAAUCGUGGUAGUGCGAAACCCUGUCACCAGGGCCAUUUCGGACUACACUCAGACGCUGUCCAAAAAGCCGGACAUCCCAACCUUUGAGGUCCUGGCUUUCAAGAACAAGAGCUCAGGUGUGGUGGACACCUCCUGGAACGCCAUCCGCAUCGGAAUGUACGUGCUCCACCUGGAGAACUGGCUGCAGUACUUCCCGCUCUCGCAGAUCCAUUUUGUGAGCGGAGAGAUGCUCAUUACGGACCCUGCGGGAGAGCUAGGCCGAGUGCAGGAUUUCCUGGGGCUAAAACGAAUUGUCACAGACAAGCACUUUUACUUCAACAAGACUAAAGGAUUCCCCUGUCUGAAGAAGCCGGAGAGCAGUAGCUUGCCACGAUGCUUGGGCAAGUCCAAGGGAAGAACUCACGUUCAAAUUGACCAGGAAGUUAUCGAGAAGCUUCGCGAGUUUUAUAGACCAUAUAAUAUUAAGUUCUAUGAAAUGGUAGGCCAUGAUUUCCGAUGGGACUAGAGCAGCAGGGAGUACCUCAAAGGUAAAGAGAAAAGCGCAAACGCUUAUGUCUUCCAUGAAUAUAAGCUGUGUUGAUACAGUCAUUUAUCCAUAUGCAUGAGUGCCAAUGUAUUGAUUGGCCAUGUCAAUUCAUUGCGAUGCAUUAACUGGGUAUUGUAAGCUUACUGGGGUUAACUUUUUCAAAACCAGGCAAAAUAUUCUGCUGAAAGCUUUUUUUGUUUGAGGUUAUGGACUACUUGAGAUGCAGGAAAGAAAACUCUACAUAUGGAAAGCCUUAUGGUUUUAUUUAACGUGUAAAUUUCUUACUCAAAGCUAAUUGGUUAUGUAGCCAAGGCUUUUAUGACAAAUCUUUAGACUUUGGUGUGGAAAGGAGCCUUAGAAGAGCCUCAGAGGAGCGAUUUUACGAAGACCAUCUGUUUUCAUUUAGCUACGAGUGUAUUUCAAAUUAUUUAUUAAUUCUAGCAGCUCAGUCAGUCAUUAAUGGUCCUGCUACUUGUCAAAAUGUCAAACUAACAAAAAAAAAUUAAAACUCUACUGCUAAUGUAAA